AUGGGGAUGGUCACGCUCAGUCGAUUGGUCAGGUUUGGCCUUCACGUUUACGGUAUAUGGCCACAUGCAUCGUCCACUGUGGUGUUUAGAUCGUACUGGAUCGUAAUGCUAAGCAUGGCCCAAGUCUUUCAAUAUCGAUACGUAAUAAUGAACAUUCAUAUGGACGAUUUUUCCCAGUAUAUGGACGGAGUAAGCAGCGCAAUGGCAUCUACUCUACUUUAUAUUAAGCUUGUUAUUCUUUGGACCCAUCAACGAAUAUUUUUCGAUAUAUUGCAAAUGAUGUCUACGGACUGGCAAGACUACGCUUCAAACAGCUAUAGCUUACGUAUAAUGACAGACACGGCGAAUGUUGCACAUCGCGCCUCGAGAUGGAUCAUCGGCACGCAAGUGGUCGCUGUAUUUUUGUACGUUGCCGGUGUAUUCGCCGCUAAUGCAAACGAUUCUGAAAGAUUAGAGCCGUACGCGCGAGAGCUUAUUCUGAAGAUGGAGUUGCCGUUCAAUAUUAGCACAAAUUUUAUUUACAUGACAGUACAAAUUGUUCAAAUUUAUCAUCUGCUUUUAGUCGCCUGUGGCAUUACGAUUAUUAACUCACUUCUUGUCACUCUGUCGCUCGACACACCGAAUGCUGCAGCGAUUUUGGUGAAAUCUGUAUUAUUCUACAUCUCGAUGAAUCUCGAGGCAUUCAUAUACUGUUUCUGUGGCGAAUAUCUGAGCGCCAAGAGCAAAAUGAUUGGAAAUGCCAUAUACAAUUCUCUCUGGUAUGAGUUUUCAGCCAAAGAAAGUCGAACUAUACUGUUUCUUAUUCUGAGAUCACAAAAAAGAUUGACGAUCACGAGCGGAAAAGUCGUCGACCUUUCCUUGGAGCGAUUUACUAGUGUAAGAUUUAAUUUGUGA